AUGAAUAAUUUUUCAAAGGCAGUUAAACGACAUGAAGAAUCAACAGCUCAUUUGCAGUCGAUGAUUCAAUUAAAAACAUUUGGCGAAAUUCGUAUUGAAAAUAUGAUAGAUUCGAUGCGCAAAAUAUCAAUCGAACAGCAUAAUUCGAAAGUUAAAUCAUAUAGAGAAAUAUUGAAAAUUUUAAUCAAUUCUAUAUGUUUUCUUGGAGUUCAGCAGCUCGCAUUCCGUGGUGAUGAUGAAUCACCUAAUUCAGUAAAUAGAGGAAAUUAUAUUGAAUUAAUGUAUUUGCUUGCGGAAGAAAAUUUGCUAUUAAAACAUCAUUUAGAAAAUAGUACAACUUUUAUUGGACUAUCAAGUGAUAUCCAAAAUGAUUUAAUUAAUUCCAUUUCAUAUGUCUUACACCAAAAAAUAUUAGAUGAAUUGGAAGAAACGGAAUUUAUAACAAUAAUAUUAGAUGAAACAAUUGAUAUAAAUAAUAAAUCCCAACUGGCUGUAGUUCUUCGAUAUGUUUUAAAUAACGGGACAUUAUAUGAAAGAUUUAUUGAAUUCUUUGAUGUUACAAUGCAUCGUGAUGCUAAUUCUUUAUCAAAAUUUGUCAUUAAAUUUUUGAAUGAUAAGAAAAUUAUGAAAAAAUUGAUGGGUCAAAGUUACGAUGGCGCAGCUGUUAUGCCAGGUGAUUCACAUGGACUGCAAGCAAAAAUUAGAGACGUCAAUCCUUCUGCACUUUAUAUUCAUUGUUUUGCCACAAAUUAA